AUGGCAAUGCGAUCGUUGGGUUACAUGCCUAGUGAAGUUGAGUUAGCCAUCAUUAUGCAACGUCUCGACAUGGAUGGAAUAAGCCAAGCAGAUAGAGGAGAAAGUCCUAAUUGA